UUUUUGGUUAACACUAAAACCAAAAAAUAAAAUAAUGUUGGGUUUUGUUUGACAAAAAAAAGUUAAUGAAAUGAAUGAACGAUAAGAAUUGAGAGCAAGUCUGUCUCUGACCCGUCUUAAUCCGAUUCUUAGUCAAUUUUUUGAGUUCGUCAAUCAUAUUCUUCUUCUUCUUCUUCCUCUGAUUCCCCCAGAAAAAACCUAGCUCCUUCCCUCAUUUCCCCCCAAAUCUCACGACUUAUUUAUGCUCGGGGGAGACUAAUCAAAGGUCAAAAUCCAUUAGGGAGGGAAUCGAAUCUCGAUCGAUCUCAAUUUCUUCUGAGAAAAGAAAAAAAUGUCAUCGGAGAUUGAGGUGGUGGAAGAAAUCCAAUCGAAUCCCAAGGAGAAUGGGGAAUCGAGUUCUAAAGGGAUUGAAGAAGAGAGCUUGAAGAACGAUGUCUAUACUGCUGCCGCUUAUGGUGAUUUGGAGAAGCUUCAUAGAUUGGUUGAGUGUGAGGGUUCCUCUGUUUCCGAGCCUGAUGCUCUUGGCUACUAUGCUCUUCAGUGGUCUGCCUUGAACAACCGCGUCGCCGUUGCCCAGUACCUUAUCGAGCAUGGUGGAGAUGUAAACGCGACGGAUCAUACUGGACAGACUGCAUUGCAUUGGAGUGCUGUUCGUGGUGCGAUACAAGUUGCAGAACUGUUAUUACAAGAGGGUGCAAGAGUAGAUGCAACGGAUAUGUAUGGCUAUCAGGCAACACAUGUUGCCGCACAGUAUGGCCAGACUGCUUUUCUUUGUCACGUUGUCUCAAAGUGGAAUGCUGAUCCUGACGUGCCUGAUAAUGAUGGAAGAAGCCCCUUGCAUUGGGCUGCAUAUAAAGGUUUUGCAGAUUCCAUUCGCCUACUUUUAUUUCUAGAUGCAUAUAGAGGACGACAAGACAAAGAAGGUUGCACUCCUCUGCAUUGGGCUGCCAUCCGAGGUAAUUUGGAGGCUUGCACUGUCUUGGUGCAGGCUGGAAAGAAAGAGGAUUUGAUGAUUACUGACAAGACUGGGCUAACCCCUGCGCAACUUGCUGCUGAAAAGAAUCACAGACAAGUUUCUUUUUUCCUUGGUAAUGCUCGAAGCCUGCUUGAAAAGCGUUGUGACGGAAGCAGUCCCCUCGGAAGAUUGUCAAAGUUGGGACUCGCUCCAGUUCUUUGGAUCAUGAUCCUGCUGCUUCUGCUCGUAUAUACGAAUUCGGUUGUUUUGGCAUCCAAUCUGCCAAAGUUAACGACUGGGAUUGGUGCGCUUGCAUGGCUGGGAUUCAUUCUUGCAACUGCAGGAUUAUUUUUGUUCUACCGCUGUAGCAGGAAGGAUCCAGGUUACAUCAGAAUGAAUAUCCAUGAUCCGCAAACCAUGAAAGAUGAUGAACCACUCUUAAAAAUAGAGCUAAACAAUCCUGCUUUGCUUGCUGGGAAUUGGACACAGCUCUGUGCAACAUGCAAGAUUAUCAGACCUCUUCGAGCUAAGCACUGUUCCACCUGUGAUCGUUGUGUAGAGCAAUUUGAUCACCAUUGUCCUUGGGUAUCAAAUUGUGUUGGAAAAAAAAACAAGUGGGAAUUUUUUCUUUUUCUUCUACUUGAAGUUCUAGCGAUGCUGAUAACUGGUGGCGUCACUCUUGCAAGAGUCUUGAGUGACCCUUCAGCUCCAUCUUCUUUUGGAGCAUGGAUGAGCCAUGUCGCUAGUAAUCAUGUGGGUGCUUUAUCCUUUCUGCUAGUGGAAUUCUGCCUCUUCUUUUCUGUCGCCGUCUUAACAGUCAUACAAGCGUCACAAAUAUCAAGGAACAUAACCACAAAUGAAAUGGCCAACGCCCUGCGGUACAGCUACCUAAGAGGUCCAGGUGGUCGGUUUAGGAAUCCUUAUGAUCUCGGGUGCAGAAGAAACUGCUCGGACUUCUUAGUAAAAGGUUAUAACGAAGAUAUUGAGUGUCAUGAAGAAGACGCAACACAGAGACCAGAGGGUAUUAGCAUGAUGCAGAUGCAGCGGAAUCCAAAUCUUCAAAAUGGCAAUGGCCAUGUUGCUAUCGAUGUUAACCCGACACAUAAUUCACAGUCAGCACAUGUUCAUUCUGCCAACUGCAGCCAUAGCCAUAAUAGUAAGUCAAAGAGUGACAAUGUUCCUUUGGGUUUGGGACUUGGUCUUAGCCGCAACCCAACCCGACCUGUUGUAUCUCCAUAAUAUGGCCCGUGUCCCAAAUGUGCAUUUGUGUUGUAAGAAACACGUUUUCUCUCCUCGAGUCAUUGAUUACAUCAUUAUCCGUUUCAUGUGAAGAUAGUAAUACUCCCUUGUUUUCAAUUUUCUAUGCAAAAAUUAAAUGUCAUGUUUCUUAUCAAUUAUUUUUAGAGUAUAUUUUCUUAUUGGUUGAAUUCAGUUUACUCAAUGACACAGAGAAUAUAACAGAAAUGGUUGUACAUUAUGUUUUCUGGCUGAGGUAUGGAAGUUUGACUCCGUCAAUACACUGAUACGACUUGCUUAUAUGUAACAAAAACAUCAUUAAAUUUUAUAUGUAACAACGAAUUACAAGACAAUGACUGACUCCGCACCAAAAUCUUGCUAAGGGCCCAAAAAUAGAAAAUGAAAAA